GCCUGAAAAAUCCUUAUCUUAUCGCGGAACCCGCCCGCCCAAAAAAAAUGUCUGGCAGCGCCAGCCGAAUUUUCCACUACGUCGGCUUCGCUCACCAGUGCAGCAGCCAGGUCAUUUCACAUUCGCCAAGCGUACGCUGCUUUCACCACCCCGAAAAUGGCCAGCAACAAGACCUCCACCAAGGAGAGGGACGAUCUCAACAAGAAGCGCAAGAGGGAGGCGGGCGAGACGGACAAGAAGCCGAAGCGCGUGAGGAAGACACCCUCGCAGCAGGAUGCACAGGUUGCCGAGGCCGAGACGACAGGGAAGCUCGUGAAUGGGCAAUCCGAUGCUCUCAAUAGCGUGCAAAACGGACAGAGCGAGAGCGGAUGGCGAAUCUCGAAACCAAUGGGCGGGAGGAUGCUCGACCUCGACCCCAUCCUGACCGACGACGACCAAUAUCUCCUUCUAGCUUACAACACGUCGAUACAAAUCUACACGGCUGUCGACUCGCUUCUCGUACGAAGGAUCCCUAUUCCCACGCUCGCCCCCAGUGCGCCCAAGAACACAAAGCCAGCCUCUAUCGUGGGGAUGCGAGCGUCCAAGCAAUCUGCGAGCCAUGUCUGGGUUGCACUCUCGGAUGGCCGUGUGUUCCACGUCGACUGGACAAACUCCUCAGGCUCGAUGGAUGCGUUUGAGACACAGUCAAAAACAGCGAAGGCCAUGAAUGUGGUGUCUGUCGGCAGCGGCAAAUCGGCCCAGGACGUCGUUGUGGUGGUCGAGGCAGACAAGUCCUCGCGCAUGGACAUUGUGGCCUACCUCAAGACGGAUGGCAAGCCUCAGUCGCGGAACAUUCUCAGCCUCAAGAAAUCAGGCAGCGGUCUGCAACUCCUUGAGGCGAGCAGCGACGGCAAGGUGCUCGUGGGCGCCCUGAACGACUGCCUCUUCAUCGGCUCGACUCCGACCUACGCAGAGAGCCUCCAAGACCUUUCCUACGAGUUUGUGUCCUUUGACGCACCAGACAUUGUCACCUCGAUCGAUCUGCGCGUGUCCAAGUCGAAGAAGGCCAAGGUGGACAUUGCGGUCGGUGGCGCGCGAGGUGGCAUCUACGUCUACAAGGACGCCAUCGCCAAAUUCCUCUCCCUGGGGAAACAAAAGUCGGAGAAGGAGGCCGUCCAGGCGCAGAAAUACCAUUGGCACAGGCGGGCGGUGCACUCGGUCAAAUGGUCGCGCGAUGGUAACUACAUGAUUUCCGGUGGCUCGGAGCAGGUCAUGGUCAUUUGGCAGAUGGACACAUCGCAGAAGAACUUCCUGCCGCAUCUGUCAGGCAGCAUUGAGAACAUUGUAGUGUCAGCCAAUGGCUCGUCCUACGUCGUCCACCUGGACGACAACUCAGCCAUGAUCGUGUCGACCGCCGAGCUCAAGCCCACAGCCUACGUGUCUGGCAUCCAGUCCGCCUCCACCAACGCCGCCAGCAUACCCAAAGAUCUCCUCGUCAACCGUGUCUGGUCGUCACCCGCAAACGUCCGUCGGCCCAUUCCGGCCGCCAUCCGAGCACACGAACCGUCGAAACUACAUGUCUGUGUCGGCAACGGACGCCAGGCUACCAUGAGCGGAGACUUCUCGGCCCCCCUGCUGCAGUGUUUCGAUCUCGAGACGUUCACCAGCGUUUCGAAACAGCCACUGGCACGCACGCAGCCCACCGAAUCGAACAUCACCCAGAAGGGUGCGCCCAUUGACGAGCCCUUGAUCACACACGUUGCCUUCUCGGCGGACGGCAAGUGGCUCGCGAGCGUCGAUGACUGGAAGCCUGCGGAAAGGGACGUGGAGAAUAUCAGCCCUGACCUUCGCGACCAGUUCAUCCGAGAACGCCACGAGGUGUACUUGAAGUUCUGGGAGGUCGGCGCCGAUGACACCCAGGCUGCCCUGGUCUCGAGGAUAAACGCACCGCACGCGACAACACAACCCGAGACGGUGCUGGACCUAGCCGCGGACCCCGUGUCAUCUGGGUUCGCUACGAUUGGCAGUGACGGUAUGGUCAGGUUGUGGCGGCCCAGAGUCCGACAGAGCCAAGGCAUCGUCGCCAAGGGCAACGACGGCCGCGAUCUGUCUUCCUGGAGUUGUGCCAAGGUCGUCGCCAUUGGGGACGGCCUGGGACAGGAGGCUGCUGUGGAUCUUGUGCAUGCUACUCGGAUUGCCACGCAGGGCUCUGUCACAUUUUCCGAGGACGGUUCCACCAUCUUUGCCGCUUUUGGUGGCGUCGACACGGGCAUGGUCUUUGUCAUUGAUGCCGUGUCUGGCGACAUCAUCAAGACGUUGGAGGGUCUGUGGGCUGGCGAGCUCAAGUCCAUCCGCGCAUUGUCACCUUUCUUGGUGAUCUUGUCAAACGACUUGAGGGUGUUUGACGUUGUGGGUGACGAGCUGCGUUAUGGGCUCGACAUUCCGAACAUCCCUAGUAUGCAGGAUCUUCUUCUCCUCGAGGUGGACCGUCGCUCACGACAUUUUGCGGUGUCGAUGCCAAUGGGUGACUCCUCCAGCAUUGGCAUCUUCGACCCAGAAGAUUCGGAGCCGCUCAUGGUGCGCAGCAUACCGCAUCGCGCCGUGAGUCUCGUCGCUGCACCCGAUACCAGCGGCUUUGUCGUGCUGGACGACUCUGCACAGGUGUGGACACUGGCUGAAGAGUCGGAUCCCUCGUCACUGGCUGCCAUUCAGCCCCUGGAAGAGCUCCAGCUGGACGCGCCCGUCAUUGACGACGAGGCUAUGGACAGCGAUGACGACGAGCCUGCGCCCGAGGAUGACGAGAUGGACGUGGACGAGGACAACUUCCCCAGUGUGAUUGCGCCACAGCACCUUGCCGACAUUUUCAAUGCUGCACCUCCAUUCGCAGGCCCAUCCAUCGAAGAAAUGUUCUACAAGGUGACCAACUUACUAGGCGCAAAGCCAUUGCUAGCGGAUUAGCCGCGUGCGAGUGUGUGGGGAAGCGGGGACGGAUGAUGGAGCAAUAAUAAAGCAUGAAACAAAUAUCUUCUCAAUUGAAAGCGCAUUUUCAAUUCUUUCCAUAUUACUGUGCACACCAUGUCGUUCACGUCGAUCCCCGUGUUGGACCUGUCGCAGGCGGACGAUCCGGCGACCAAGGCGGAGUUCUUGCGGCAGCUACGCCAUGCCUUGCUCGAGGUUGGCUUUCUUUAUCUGAAGAAUG